AUCAUUUUUCAAAGAGGGAAGUUGCUCUAUUUUCUAUGCAAAUGACAGAAAUGCAAGAAGCUCUCCCAAGUCAGAGAGGCAAUCGACGGCUAUCAGGUUGGGACAAUAUUUGUCAGCUAACAGAUAAGCAAACGCUGUGUCUCUCUCCCUAUAUGUUUUACUUGUACCACAGAAAUGGACGUCAAAAGCAAAUCUCCGCAGACCGUCUGUUGGGAAAAAAGCACCCGGAGUACUACGAGAAUCUUCAGGGGAAAUGAUAAUAUUAAUAAUAAAAUCUGGAUCGUAAAGGUGAAAGCUUUAUUUUUGGGGGAGAAAAACCAAAAGCAAAGCCCCCCCAAGUCACCCCCUCCCCCAGACCUCUCACUUUGGAAGAAACCACCCAAAGCAUGAGGGCCAUCCCUGGGCCGCUGGAAAAGGAUGUGGGAGCGAACCAGGUAACAGAGCUGCUCUCUUGGCAUGCACUCCGGCUCGGGUUAGCGCUCCUUCCGCCAGAGCACUGGGGGAAAGCAAAAGAGAAGAGAAGCUUGCAAAGAAAAAAGGACAGAAAGAAAAACAAGACGUGAAUUCUUGUGCGGGUUUUUCCUUCUGUUUUCUCGGUUUAUCGUGAGCGAGGGGAGCGGGCAGAGAAAGUUUGCAGGCGGGUUUCUUGUGGCGAGAGGGGGUUUUUCCUCCUGGAUUCGCGGCUGUGCGUGGCUGGGGCUCAGUCCUGGGGGCUGUGAGCGGGACCUCGGGCAGGGCGGGGGCCCGAGUUUGUGGAUUCCCCCCUUUGCUUAUUUUCUUUCUUUUUUUUUCCCCGAACAAGUUCUCCUGCCCGUGUCACAGUUCGGGAAGGGCUGGGUGGGGUGUCCCAAAGGGGGCAGAGCGCCGGGGUGCGGUUGUGCAGGGGUGCGGGUGUCCCAGGACUGUGGGUGUCCUGGGGGAGCUGGCGAUGCGGGGUCCGCUGCCCCGUCCCGGGGGCGCUGCGGGAAAACGGUGGCGCAGGAACGGGGUGAAAAUUGGGGAGACAAAACCCAGAGCUGGCAAGUCCGGCUCGGGGGAUAGAGUUCACGCAGAGGACACGUUUUCUAGGCGAUUAGCGGUGUAUUACAGCCGGGGAGUGACCUCCAAACCCCUUGACCUCUCCGAGGCUGGACAUGGUGCUGGGCAACAGCGAAACCGUGCGGGGUCCCGCCGGCCCUCCCCGCGGCCUCGGGCCGUGCGAGCGGAGAAUCGGCUCCGAGAGGAAAAGGUGGGGGGAACAAGGGGUGCAGAAGGGAUUUACAACUGGGUUUAUUUCUACUUUAUUACGGUUUAAUCGUUCUGCUGCCGAGCACGGGGCCGGCAGGCGCUUUCUUCUCUGAUUUCACAUGGAAAGCUCCCGUUGUUUGCUUGUUUGUUCGCUUCUUUGUAAGAAAGGAGGGAAGGAGAGAGGCGCGGGGGUUCCUCAGGGCUUUGCCUCUGCAGAGCGGGCUGCUCGCUGUUUGCUCUACAAAAAUAAUUUGGGGAGACCAACGCCAACCCAAACCCCAAGCGAAGGAGCAAAGCCCCCAACCCGCCGGCUCUUCCCUCGUCCCGCGUCUCAUCUCGCCUCUUAUUUUCAGAAAUUCCUUUGUUUCCGAGAGUCCCUCUCCAUCUUCCCCCCCUCCCUGUCCUCCCCGCACCUCCUCCCACUUUGCCCCUGCCCACGGCGCUCUCAAAAGCCUCUCUGUGCCCAGCUGUUGGCGCGGAGCUGCGCGGAGCCGUGCGGAGUGGUGCGGGGGACCCCCCUGGCCGAGGGACGCUCGGGUGGACUCUCCCCGGUACCCCCUAACCGGGACCCCUACCCACCCCCUCGGCACCGAUCCUGUCCGAGCUGCUGAACCCUUUUGUUUCCUUAGAGUCUAAAAGUUGGAUUAAAAAUCGGGCUUCGUGUGAGAAAAAUAGCGUAACCCAGCAUAAACGAGAUGUAGUUAUGAGAGAGAAGGGGUAUACGGAAAGUAAAAAUAAAUAUAUCUCUGUAUAUCAGUCUAUAUUUGUAUGGAUGUGAGGCGGGGCUGGGGGCUCUGCCGGGUUUAGGGGGCCCGGGGGGGUCGUGCGGCCCCGGCCAGCGCUGCUCGCUGGAAAGGCGGCUCGGCCGGGCCAGCGGGUUGGGAGUUUCUCAGCACCAGUGACAGAUUUAUGAUCCGCAAUAAGAACGGCGUGUUUAAAUCCGUAAAUCAAUCUCGCUUUCUCACUAUAUAAACGUUCAUUUUAUCUUUAGAAAGAAAACGGCUUUGAUCACGGCACCUCGGAGGCGAAGCCGCUGUUUAUGGCCGCGUUUCCGACCCUUUGAACUGGGGGCUUUAAGAAAAACACCGAAACGGGUUCUCCUUUUGCAUGAGACAAACCCCAGAAUGGCAGCGGAGGGGCAGGGGGGGUAUGUGUCCCGUUUGCUGCCUGUGACGGCUCCGUUCCUUCUUUUAUUGUUAUUUUUAAUUUGUAUUUACUCGUCUCCAUUCACAGGGACACUUCGGUUUAUGACUAAGGAAAACAAAAAAGUUUAAAAAGAACUAGUGGUAGUAAAGCGAAAGUUGCGGCUUCUGAAUUGACCUGAAGCUCCCAUAAAAGGCCUCCCCGAAAUUUCCUCCCCCGUGGGACCCACCCCCCCCAGCGAAGGGAGCCCCUUUUAAUGGGAUAUUUCCCCCGCUUCCUCCCACACCUUCACCAAACGUCUCUUCCGACAACCGCUUCCACUCGAUAAAAUCGAUUCAGAUAUCAUCGAGGGCUUUUGAAAACCAAGCGCUUCCCCGCCCGCUCCAUGCUGGCCGGGGGGAGCCCAGACCUCCCUAAGCUCGGCUUAAAGGGGGGCAGAACCCCGCUUUGAGACUUCAUGGGUUUUUUACGUGUAACACGAGCUGUCUCCGGGUUGUACCCGCGAAGGGCGGGGGGGCAUUUCAGGGCGCCGCUGCCCCAGGGGGACUGUGGGAUGCUGGCACGUUGCGGGUGGGAGAGGCUUUGUCCUGGGGUCCCCCGCGCUCUGGGACACCCCGAGGUUGCUGCAUUUUCUCGGGUGAUGAUUUCCCCCGUGGGUGUAGGGCCGCGCCUUGGCUGCUCCGCGGCCUUUCCCAUCGCCUCCCUUUGUUGCGAUGUUUUUUUCCCGAGAUCCUUGUACUUGGCAGAGCUCUUCAGACUGAAAAUCUGAUUGUUUUUUAAUGCAAUAAGGGCUGGCCAAACAAUAACAGCGGCAGGGAGAAAGGCCUGGAAGUGAGGCGAAGGGAGGGCCGAGUUGUUUAAAACCAGGGGUACAAAAAUAUUCUCAGCUGUUUUAGACUCUCAAACAGUUGUGCUAUUCAGUACAAGAUUAUAAUAAAAUCUCAGUGCCAAGGGGGGGUGGGGGAAACAACAACAACAACAACAAAAGGAGGAAAAAUGGACGCUGUAGCUUAGCUGAACCAAGGUCCAGCAAAGCCAACCUUCAGGAAAGGUUUAGAGAAGGGUUUAAAUGCUCCCAGCUCCAGGCAGGAGAGAGGAUGGGGAAAUAAACCUCGAAUCGUAUGGAGGAGUGGGUGAGGUGGGUGCCCUGCGCACCCCCCGUGCCAGGCGGCCCUGGGCAGGGGCAUCUCUGGCCAGCAAGAAAAGCUUCGUUCAGUUCGAAACUUCUUUAAAAAAAUCCUGUUCCGGUGGAAGGUCACAGUGGUCCUUUGAGUAUGAAACUGAGAGACCCCCUUCCCCCUUCCCCAUCACGUGAUUCAUUAAAUAAUUAAUGCAGAGGUUGCAGAAUAGAUAUGUAUUCGUCAGGAAAAUCGCAGACAUGGUCUCCUUGUGUCUGACGUGAAAUUCAACUGUCCUUUAAAAAACAAGCCUAUAGCUGAGGAAAAAAAAAGGAGAGAGAGAAAGAGCGAGAGGGAGAGAGAGAAAGUGGGGAGAGGAGGAGAGAGGAGAGGAGUCUGCAAUAAAACAAUUCUCAGGAACCACGAAGCCACGCCGAGGGCUGGAUUAUUUUGCGAAUUCACACCACCCCGAUCCGGCUUCGCUCCUUCUUCUUCUUCUUGAAAUCCUGGGUCGGACAGUAUCGCAGUUCUCCUUUCUCAAAGUUCACCGCUGCCUCGUAUUUGCUGGACCAGGCAUUCAAGAAUUGGUCAGCUUCCAACAGACAGCUGGAAACGGCCUGUCACGUGGCCUUGGGGUGCCAAUGUUCUGCCAUAGGGGUGUCAAGACCCUGGUAGCCGGAAAAAUCAUUUUGGAGAGGCCCAGAGAUGCAGAAGACGACGUACUACGACAGCUCCACACUCUUCGGGGGUUACUCCUAUGGGGGCACCAAUGGCUUCGGCUACGAGGGUCCCCAGCAGCCCUUCCAGCCGGGCUCUCACGUGGAGAACGACUACCAGCGGUCUGCCUGCUCGCUCCAGCCCCUGGGCAACACAACCCCGCACGCCAAAAGUAAAGACCUGAACGGGAGCUGCAUGCGCCCAAGUUUAGCACAGGAGCACCAUGCGGCUCCCCCCAUCUCGCCGCCCCCAAACCCGGCUGCCAACAGCACCAGCAGCAACAGCAAUAACCAGGCGGGGAGCGGUAAAACUGCCCCCAGCAAAGCCAACCUCAGUGCAAACGCCAGUCUCACCAAGCAGAUAUUCCCCUGGAUGAAAGAAUCGAGGCAAAACUCCAAACAGAAAAACAGCUCCCCUAGCACAGAAACCUGCAGUGGCGAGAAAAGCCCUCCAGGCUCCUCGGCCUCCAAGAGAGCCCGCACAGCCUACACCAGCGCUCAGCUGGUGGAGCUGGAGAAGGAAUUCCACUUCAACCGCUACCUGUGCCGCCCGCGCCGCGUGGAGAUGGCCAACCUGCUGAACCUCAGCGAGAGGCAGAUCAAGAUCUGGUUCCAGAACAGGAGGAUGAAAUAUAAGAAAGAUCAGAAGUCAAAAGGCAUGGGGUCUUCUUCUGGAGGGCCGUCCCCCACGGGCAGCCCACCCCAGCCCAUGCAAUCCUCCGCUGGCUUCAUCAACGCCUUGCACACCAUGAGCAGUAACUAUGAUGCCCCCUCACCGCCUUCCUUCAAUAAGCCCCACCAAAAUGCCUACGCCAUGUCCACUAACUACCAAAACCCCAUCAAAAGCUGCCCCUCUCAACAGAAAUACGCCAACACGGCCUCCGAGUACGACCCCCACGUCUUACAAGGGAACGGGGUGGCCUACGGGACUCCCAGUCUGCAGGGCAGCCCCGUCUAUGUUGGAGGUAACUAUGUGGAUUCUAUGCCCACCUCUGGCCCGUCCCUGUACGGCCUCAACCACCUGCCGCAUCACCAGGCGGCCACCAUGGACUACAACGGGCCCCCGCAGAUGCCCCCGAGCCAGCACCACGGACCCUGCGAGAGCCACCCCACCUACACAGAGCUUUCCACGCACCACGCUUCUUCUCAGGGCAGAAUCCAAGAGGCGCCCAAGCUGACCCACCUGUGAUGGGGAGCGGGGACGGGCUCAGGUGACGCGGACAGGACCUCAUCACAGGGCAAGGGAGAGGGGAAGAGGGCAGGAUCGGCUUCAGGAACAUUUGUGUUGAGCUAUUUUCUUAUUUUCUUUGACAGGGCAAUUUCCACCAGGUUGUUGUGCUUGCUAUUAUUAUUUCUGGGUUUUAUUAGGCACAAUUUCCAAUCAUUUCAGUGUUUCCUGCCAAAAUCAGUUCUCUCUCUGAAGAGAUAUACCUCCUGCGUUUCAACACAAAUGCUUCUGAAAUGGCUUUGGGGUAGUUUUGUGGCAAUCUAGCAGAUUCAAAGCAGCAACACCCUUCGUUUCCAAAGCAAGUACAGAUCGUCACUUGUAAUUCUUGGACACUGGAAAGGAGAAUAGUCAGCCAGCCAAGGCUUUCCAGUGGGUGUUUCUGCACAUAAACAUGCCCAUGUGAACACGUAUGCAAUCAAAAGAGAUUCGCAAGAGAGCCGCCCUCCUCUCCAGCUCCUCAGAGGAACCUCGCGCAUCCUUGUCUGGGAGCAACUGCCACCAGUCCCCAUGGAAACUGCAAAUAUACAAACCUGCCAACACGUGGGAUUCACGCUCUUCCCCUCUGGCCCCUGCCUCCCCUCUCCAAACUAUUUCAAAAAAUAGAAUAAGAGAGGUCUAAGGAUUGCAAAAGGUUUGGGAAAUCAAAAUUGAAAUGCCUAAAAGCCCCCACCACCAAUAACCGCAGCCCAAAGGGAGGAAGGAGAAGUUGACAGGUCUGAAUAUUUUCCCACCUUUGCCUCUGAUGACGUGAAGUCUCCAUUCAACAGUGCCGGGGUUUUUAAUUUGGGGGUAUUUUUCUUAGGGUUCAUUAACAGAAAAGCAAUCUUAAGACUUGGAAGUCCUAUGCUUCUUUCCUCCUCUUUUCUUGACCUUAUGUGAAAACAGGGUAUAUUUGAACAAACGGAAUGUCCUCCCAUCAAAGCAGAAGUGAAUGGAUCUCUCAUAUUUGCUAAUGCUUUCUUGUCUGGACAUCUUUGUUGCACUUAGAGUUUACAUAUAAUGGGUAUAAAAGCAACUUUGAAGGGCUUUCGUCCAACUCAGUCGAGAUGUCCUUCAAUGGGUGUGUGUUCUGGUGAACAUUCAUAUAUAUUUAUUGGUUAUAGCCAGUUUAAAAUAUUUUCCUUUUUUUUUUGUAUUAUUUAUCCCCAAUAUUAUGUAUUUAUAUGAGGAAAAAAGAAACAAAUUGUACUUUUUUAGUAUUUACUUGUUAUAAAGGACAUUGUGUUUCCUUGUCAUUGUACAACAAGCCUAUUUUAGUUAUUGUAAUUUAGAAAGACCAGUAGUUUUAUGUUACCUUCGUACUUAUGAAUAAUGUAAUUAGUUCUACUGGAGGCAUGAGAGCAGAACCAGACUGUAAUUGUAUAGUCCUGAAUUAGAAGAACUAUAGCUAAUCCCUCCCUCCCACCUCACCCUCCUCUUUCUUUGUUCUUAUGGUAGUUCUUUUCUUUCCUUGCUUAAGGGUUGUCUGUUGAACAAUUCUUGAAUAAACUUUCUGUUAUCAAUUU